CGUACCGCACGAGUAAUGAAGAUUGAUGAUAAGAUUUUGACAGUGUCUAAAAUCUCCACACAGAAUAAAAGAGACGUUUCUGAAACUGAUCUUUACCUACUUAGUGCUAUUGAAAAAUUGGUGUAUAGAGUAGAUUAUUUAGAAAAAAGAGUAAGAAGAGCAGAAGAAUUAUUGUACUACCUUAUAAAUGGAAACAAUAAAAUGAAAGAACCUUGUCCUACUAAUUACACGAGAAUGGGCCAAAAUUGUUAUCACUUCAGUAAUCGUGAUUUCGACUGGAAAUCAUCGAGUAGUCUUUGCCGUGGUAUGGGUGGAUACUUGGUCGAAUUCAACACUGUCGAAGAAAACCAAGAUGUAUUCGCGGGUAUAAUAUCAAAUUCCAAACUGAAGGGCAGUAAUUUCUGGACAGGUGGCAUAAAUCCAGGGCUUUUAUGGGUUUGGUUCAACAGUGGUAGACCGGUUCAACAAGACACCAAACAGACCGUCAUCGGUAACGGCAAAUGCUUGAAGAUAAUUUUCAACGCAUCGUCGAAACUUUAUUCAUACAGAGGUGAAGAAUGCGGUUCAAGGCAAAAAUAUAUCUGCGAAUUAACGGUCGAUGAAUCAGCAAACAGGAUCGAAAGAACAGCACGAUUAUUAAUUGAUAAAAGUGAUUAG